GCAGCUCCCAGAAUAUUGACUCUAACAUUGAUUAUUGCGUUAUAAUCAAUUCGACUUUCCCGGGUGCGCACUAGUAAUACUCUUGCACAAUGGUGUUACAAAAUCCAAGUUUUAGUAAAGCUGAAAGCGAAGAUAUUGCAGCUGGACGUUUUCUAUUUAUCUCGAGUCAAGCUUCAGAUGAGGCAAAUGGUCAGAUCACAAGACGUCUAGCGCGAUCGCAUGCUGUAAAGCAAGCACUUGAGAGAAAACGGAGAUUACAGGAAAAAUCGAAAGAUAACUUUCGUAUAACGACUACUAAAGACAAACCCAAGAGAUUUGUCAGAACAAAAAGAGAUACCGAAACUCCAGCUGUAUCAUUAUUCUCCUUAUCUGCAGGAGCGCUUGAUCCAUUCCAAACCCUUGCGGCGGAUUCUUCAAGAUUGCGGAUAUUACUUAGCAAUGAUAAAGUUAAGCGAGCUCCUGAACCAGUUUUUAGUACCGCAGAGCAGCUUUCAUUCCAGAGUUUUCACUCUGUUUUCCAAACUGGUUUGGUUGAUCCAGCUCUUCUUAACGCCGUUAUGCUCUCAUUUGCAUUCGAAAUAGCUGGAGGCUACAUGGACCGAGAGUGUCUUUUGUACCAAGGCCAGGCAAUAGGUUAUCUUCGUGAGAAAAUGAAUUCACCAGAUGAGGCUGCUUCGGAGCCGACCAUCGGAACCAUUUUACUUUUGGCUGGAGUGGAGGCUCGCCUUGGAAUGAAGUCUCAGGCUCAACUACACCUGGGGGCGGUUCAGCGGUUACUGGAAAUCUCUCAAACGAAACUUGUUGAUCUCACGGGAGGAAUCAAACGGGCCAUAUUUUGGCAAGACCUGAAUUCGUCAGUCCUGAUAGGAUCUAGACGCAUAGUCGACCAUGAAACUUUUGUCGAGCUUCACUGGACCAGAGAUCUAUUACCUUCGAACUUCUUCCGGCUGUCACCAGGGUUCAAGAAGCGGUGUCACAUAUUUACCAAAGAGUUCAUUGAAGUACUUGAAGAUAUAUAUGCAUUACAAUGCAUUCGUGAAACCGCCAGCGUCAUAGUGUCUAUGGCACAGAUUAAUAAUCAGACAGCAUCUAUUCAGUCUAGACUUAGGGGUUUAUCAACUAUCUCUCCGAUCCUAGAGUGCUGUCACCUCGCUGCAUAUUUAUGCACGGUUAUGCUAUGCUGCACAGUUUGGUGUGCUUUAGUAAUCCCUCCCCAUGUUUCCUCACAAUUAUUGCAUAAACUACAACAAACAAAUAACGACAUCAUAUGGGAUAACCAUCCCGAGUUGCUACUUUGGAUUUUGUAUAUCGGUGGAGCAUUUGCUCCAGCAGGGAUUGUGCGGUCUAGUUAUACUAUAUUACUGCGCUCAAAUAACGCUACCAGGUUUCAGAACUUAUACAGAUCAUGGCCCGAGUUGCUUGAGAUAUUGGAACAAUUCAACUGGUCGGAAAAAUCCUUCCUUCCGCAUGUCAAAAUAUUUUGGGAAGAGAUUUUCACCUAGCAUGGUAUUCUAAUACAUGCAUUGGAUCGGGGGCAGGGCCAUCGCUUUUACCAAAGAGCCGCAGGAGAUAAACAACGUGGAUAGUGAACAAUGUCUGCAGCAAACCCAGUAGUUUAAGCAAGGACCCGUUUGAAACUCUCGUGUUUCAGCAAGCAAUCAAUAUCCUCGACUGAUA